AUGCGACGGCCGUCGUGGACGAAAUCCUUCGCCGUGCAGCAGCUCGCCGCCCUUCGCGAACUUUCGCAGCUGCCGUUCCCACUCACCGUGCAGGCGCGUCCGCGCGAAUCGACUACUGCUGCGAGAGAGGGAGAGAGGGCAGUCAAUACAGGGGAACGUAGGGAGGCAGAAGCAGGAGGGAUAAAGCAGGAGCGGCAGAAAGGAGAGGAAGAAGCGGGGGACGUUGGUCCGCGAGGUGCUGGCGAGGGGCAGCAAGAGAGGGACGCGGAGGCGCAAACAUCGGCGGAGGCGCAACUCUCCGCGGAGGCGCAAGUUUUUGCGGAGGCACAACUGUCCGCGGAGGCGCAAGUUUCUGCGGAGGCGAGACUAGCCAUGUCCUGCAAGAGCGCGCUCAACGCGCGCAAGCAUCCGCAGACGCGGGAGCGCCCAGGCGCGCGGGCGAAUCUGGGCGCGCGGAAGCCUCUGGACGGGCGGAAGCUCCUGCGCGCGCGGAGCGCCCAUCGCGCGCGGAUCCGUCGGGGCGCGCGGAACAAUGUGGGAAGGGGGCGGAGGCCUUGA